GAGUGGCAUCAAAAGCUCUACCUGUACUCGUAUCAUCAAAACGAGAAGUGAGCGAUGGAACGCAAACCAACCAUAGCAUGUGAUUGGAUUCUUUCCAAGGAUACCCUUUUGUUGAUGUUGUCUGGAUAAAGGACAAGACCAAGACAACAUUCAUGGCUACAUGGCAGGCUACCUGGUACUGCUGAAAGCUAGCUACUGUAGAAAAGUACUGAAGAAUAGAUAACGGGGGGUAUCUAAAGGCAGAGGAAGUCAGAGUAGCGGGAUCUACAUCGACGAUGGCGACUCUGCUUCGCAUCCUGCUGCUAUGGGUGGUGCCUCUCAAGAUCCUUCUGAUGGCCAUUUUUAUUGGUUGGUUGAAUACCUUUCCCAUUCCCGAAGGAACCCUGUUCACCAUGGUGUAUCCUCUCACCAAGGGACUCUUGCCCACCGUCUGGACUGGCGGAUACAAGGAUUGUCCAAUACCUCCACUACCCGAGCAUUCAGAGGAAAAGAUGCCACCCCCACACCACACGUCCUAUGUGACUCUUCCCGGCAGUAGUAAUGACACGGCACGCACUAUUCAUAGUAAAGAUCCCACGUACUACAAGAUUCCCCAAAGUGGCAUUGGCAUGUGCUGUCGGUACACGGCAUACGAUGCCGAAUCGGUGCGACGGACCAUCCUCUGGUAUCUCGUCCAUCAAGGCGGACGACACAUUGACACGGCCGAUUAUUAUCAAAAUCACGAAUGGAUCGGUGAGGCACUCCAGAUUGCCAUGACACGCUAUGGGAUUCCACGCCGCGACAUUUGGGUCACCACCAAACUCUGGCCGCGCCAUUACGGUACGAAUGCUACCUUGACGGCCAUUCCGCGCAUGUUGCAGGAACUGCAGUUGGACUAUAUCGAUCUAGUAUUGAUGCAUGCACCGUCGCAUCAACCGAUUCCCUUCUUGACGACGACCAGCACCAGUAAUGCGUGUGGUGGGGAAACGAGAAAGAGUCGCAAAGCGUGUCGUCGAGAAACCUGGGAGGCAUUGACUGUCGCCCGCAAUGACAAGGGAUAUGUCCGGCAUGUCGGUGUCAGCAAUUUCAAUAUUCGACAAUUGCAAGAAUUGCAAUUCAUGCGAGCAAAACAAGCAGCAGCCGCGCCCAUUGCCAAUCAUCAGUUCCAAUACAAUCCGUGGGUUCCCGAUGCCGUCCACGAUAUGUUUCGGUAUUGCCAACAACAUGGCAUUCCCGUCACGGCAUGGUCGUCCUUUGCCGGAUCGGCCAUGUUGCAACACAUGGCGUCCUCCACCGUCGAUAGCUUGCGCAAAAUUGCCAAGAAUCAUGGCGAUCACUACACAGUGGCACAAAUCUUGCUGCAAUGGGCCGCCCAAAAGGGAGCCAUUGUGAUUUCCACAGAUGAUGACAUGACGACAACAACAACGGCCGUGCCAGUAUCAUCAUCAUCCUCAUCAUCAUUGCAAUUGACCCUGCAGGAAAUGGCAGAGAUUGAGGAUUUGAAACGGGAUGAGUCUGCCAAGAGUUUCUUUGUCACAGUUGUCGAUGAUACAUAG